GUGGACGCGGAGCGCAAAAAGACCUUUGUUCUAAAAAUGCCCAUGGAGCUGACGCAAAGCCGCAUCCAGAAGAUUUGGCUUCCCAAUGACAACCACCCGGCGCUGCCACGCCGCUCCUGUGGGCCUCAGCUUGCCAAUUCCCCCACUGUGAUAGUCAUGGUUGGCCUCCCAGCCCGUGGCAAGACCUAUAUCUCCAAGAAGCUGACUCGCUACCUCAACUGGAUUGGUGUCCCCACAAAAGUUUUCAACGUUGGGGAGUAUCGCCGUGAGGCUGUGAAGCAUUACAGCUCCUAUGACUUCUUCCGUCCUGACAAUGAGGAAGCCAUGAAAGUCAGGAGGCAAUGUGCCAUGGCUGCCCUGAGGGAUGUGAAGCUGUACCUGACGGAGGAGGCUGGGCAGAUUGCGGUUUUUGAUGCCACCAAUACUACCCGGGAGAGGAGAGGGAUGAUCCUAAACUUUGCCAAAGAGAAUGGAUUCAAGGUGUUCUUCAUUGAAUCUGUCUGCAAUGAUCCCAACGUAGUUGCCACCAAUGUUAUGGAAGUAAAAUUGUCCAGCCCAGAUUACCGGGACUGUAAUUCCACUGAUGCCAUGGAGGAUUUCAUGAAGAGGAUCAAUUGUUACCAAGCCAGCUACCAGCCCCUUGACCCUGAUGACUAUGACAGGGAACUUUCUCUCAUCAAAGUCAUCGACGUGGGCCGGCGGUUCCUGGUCAACAGGGUUCAGGAUCACAUCCAGAGCAGGAUUGUUUAUUACCUGAUGAACAUCCACGUCCAGCCCCGCACCAUUUACCUCUGUCGGCACGGGGAGAGCGAGUUCAACCUCAAGGGGAGGGUUGGAGGGGACUCUGGCCUCUCCAACAGGGGCAAGAAGUUUGCAGAGGCACUGAACAAAUUUGUGGAAGAGCAGAACCUGAAGGAUCUCAAAAUUUGGACCAGUCAGCUAAAGAGGACAAUCCAAACAGCAGAGGCUCUCCAGCUGCCCUAUGAGCAGUGGAAGGCACUCAAUGAAAUCGAUGCUGGUGUGUGUGAAGAAAUGACCUAUGAAGAAAUCAGGGAGCAACAUCCAGAGGAAUUUGCUCUGCGUGAUCAGGAUAAAUAUUACUACCGUUAUCCUUCUGGGGAGUCCUACCAAGACCUGGUGCAGCGCCUAGAGCCAGUCAUCAUGGAGCUGGAGAGGCAAGAGAAUGUCCUUGUCAUCUGCCACCAGGCUGUCAUGCGCUGUCUCCUGGCAUACUUCCUGGACAAGAGCGCAGAUGAAAUGCCCUACCUGAAAUGCCCCCUGCACACAGUGUUGAAGCUGACCCCGGUAGCCUAUGGCUGCAGGGUGGAAUCCAUCUCAUUGAACAUUGAAGCAGUCAACACACACAGAGAUCGACCAGAGGAAGCAAAGAAGGGACCUAACCCGCUCAUGAGACGUAAUAGCGUUACCCCUCUAGCAAGCCCAGAGCCCACCAAAAAACCUCGCAUCAACAGCUUUGAGGAGCAUGUGGCUGUUUCUUCUGCCCUGCCAGGCUGUGUUCCUCAGGAAGUGCCCACGCAGAUGCCGGGACAAAACAUGAACAGCUCCCAGAAGCCGUCGUGACUCCGUGAGCACCGCCGGCGCUGCCAGCUUCUCAUCCCAUCGCCAUUCCCGAAGCUUGCUCACCCACCGGCCUCUCCGGCUGCGGCGAGCCCCACCCUGGGCUGGCUCCGCUCACGCUGCCCGUUCACACCGCAAAACCCCGCGCUGCUCAGGGGGGGAUGCAGGAGAGCCGAGGAGGAGCAGCCCAGCUCCCUCCCGGGGUCACCACCAGCUCUUCAGGCUGCCGCGUUUGCUCUCCUCUCCAGCAUCCUGUUAGGUUGUAGCGAGCUGUAAAGUGCUUCUGUAGUGCACAGGAGUUUAAUUUUCUUCUCUUUUCAGUGGUUUUGAUCUUCUGUAUAGAUGAUUGGUACCCAUCCAUCUCUGGGUGGGGUGUGUAUAUAUGUGGAUGGUGCAGGGUUAGCAGAGAAAUAGGGGGAAGGGGGGUGGGUAAAGGGGUUUUGCAUUUUUUUUUUAUAUUAUUAAUGUUGUUAAUUCCUUUUGAAUAAGCCCCUAACAUGCUGUGCUCAUCCACACUACAGCUGGUCACACAUGCCAGCCUGGCUCAUGCAGACCUGUGAGCAUCAGGAAGGUAACUGUGGGAACUCUUCACUGCAAGAACUGCUAGGUUUAACAAAUAAAAACCCAACCCAUUUUUUCAAUUCUUUUUUUUUUUAAAUCAAUGUACCUUAAAGAGGUUUGCAGAGAAUGUAGAUCUGUUGCUAAAAUUGGUUCAAAGAUGCCUGUAGUGCGUGAGGAACCAUGCUAGCAGAAGCUUGGGUGAUGUUUUCAUCUUGGGGAGCACCCAGGGAUCAUCUGAGCUCAGGCAUGGGUUGAAUUCUGGGGAGGCUGAGCACUGUUUGAGGUGCCGUGCUGGUACUUCAUCUCCCCUUUUUUCUUUUUCGGAUGAAAGUGGAGGUGUUGGGAAGGGUUUGAAUCCUGAGGCUUAGAUGCAUUUUGCAGACAAACAGGUCUCAUGGACGUGGCCAGAUGUCUGGCUGGGUUGCAGGAGUCUGACUGCAAAAAGCCACAGGAAGGGACAGUUUUGUCUGUAUUUUUUAAAAUUUUAUACACGUGUGUGUAUGUAUAUGUGUAUACUUAGAAACUGCUUGGUUUUUGCACUUUAUUUGUGGCAGAAGCAUAACUACUUUAUUUUUUUCCAAGUUGUGCCCCUUAACAGGGGAAGCCUGAACACAGGCAACUUUUUCUGUUUGUUUUUAACUGUAUUUUGCAUGCUGGAAAACUGUGACUGCAAAAUAAUAGUAGUUACAGUGUUUGAGGUGGGGGUAACAGCGUGAGAUCCUGACUGACUCCAUCAGCCAACUCCCAGUGGUUUGAUCCAUAAGAUGGCAGCCUGUCCUGGGCUGGGAGUCUGCAGUUAGAAAUGCAAUUAACCACUACUGUUUUGUGCAAAAGUCUGUGGAUUUUUGAACUUUAAAAUUUUUUUUUUUCAGUGUUUUUUUUGGUUGGUUUUGGGGUAUUUUUUUCUCCCCCCACCUAUGUGCAGCAUCUUCUCCAUGCCCGUUUUUUUUGUUUGUUUUUUUGUUUUGUUUGGUUUUUUUUUUUUGGGGUUUUUUUUUGGCUGGAGGCAGGAUGUGAAGAUAGCCAGCCCCCACUCCUGCAGCACUAGGCUGGGGAACUGGAGCUGGGCAACCCUUUGGAUUUAUCCUUCCCAUGGCUUUCCCCACUGUCCUGCGUAGGGAACACCAUCCCCACAGAUAGGAGCAGAGAGGCUUGGUGGAGAAAUGCCUUUUUUUUGUGUGUGUGUGUGUUUCGGGGGUGGGUUUGGUCUGUUUUUCCUUUGGGAAAAGGUGAACCAUAGUGCCUCGCGCUUUGGCCUCGUGCUCGGAGCGGCACCUACGGCAGGAGGGCAUCAGGGCCAUGCUCAGCCCGUGUCCCCUGGGGGUGACAGUCCUGGCAGUGCCCUGCCUGUGUGGGCUUGUUCAUAUGUGUAUCAUAUUCCUGUACAUAUAAAACAAAGGACGCUCCCCCCCCCCCCCCCCCCCCCGCUUUAUUUCUGUUUAAAUAGCCUCAUUAAAAAUGGACUUCUCCCUCUGUGCCCUGGCUGGCAUCUGUGCUUUUGGUUUCUCUGCCUUUCACACUAAUGAAUGUUUUGGGGAGGCUACUCGCUUGGCUCUUUUCAACUUCCUCCUUCAAGGGGAGUUUUAUCUCUUCCCCUCCUCCUGCUGCACAAAGAUAAGCCAGCAAAUACAAACAUGACAUCUGGCUGUCCUGAGAUCAAUCCUGUACACGUGAAAUUGUGCUUAUGUUUUGGUGUGUAUUUGUGUGUGUGUGUAUAUAUAAAUAUGUAUAGAGAAAAAACAAAAUGGCCCUAAAUUUUCAUCCUUUGGUAAUGUGUCUUAGUAGGUCUACAAAACCUGCAGUUUGAACAUGGUGGGUUUUUUUUCCAGCAUUGGGAAAACUACUCUGAGUCCCUCUUUGCUGGAGGGGUUGGUGGGAUAGUGUCAACCUGGUGCCAUCACACCUCCUCCAAAAACUUGCUGUCCAUAUUUUGGUUAACAGAGCCAAGGAUUGUGCAGUUGAUGCCACAGCCAAGGCAGACUGGGAGACCACACCAAUGAUUUCUUCCCCCACCUUUUUUUUUUCCCCCCCCUCUGGUUUGUUUUCCUUUGUGAUACUUGAGUUUAUUUUUUUUAAUUUUUAUAGCAAAGCACUCUUUUUAUUUAUUUAAUGUAUACUGCAAAGCUUGGAGAGAAGGGUGUAGUUACUUGGGAUUACUUUUUUUUUAUUUGUGGUAUGUUAACUGUUCUGUAUAUACACCUGGAAUAAUUGCCUGAUAUAAAGCUGUGCCAGCUUAAAAACAGGGUCUGCCUUUCAGAAAUUUGUAUAUUUUGCAGUUGCUGGACCAAUAAAAUAUCUUGUUGAAAUACA